AUGGGUUUUAAUAAUAAAGAAUUUAAUUUUGAGCCCAAUGAAGAUGAAGAGAAUUCCUAUAGGGAAGAGGAUAUGGAAUAUGACCAAGCCUUUCCACCUUUGCGCAGGUCUGAGAGGUUAUUGAAUAAACAGGGUCCACAAAAUGAAAAAUGGGCCAGCCAUGUUACUAACAACAGCUGCAAAAACAGGGAAACCUUUCCUGUUCCCUCUUGUAGGACCAACAAGAGCAGUUCUCCCUUGUCCACUGAGUGGAACCCUACAGCCACAGAAGAUAUGGCUAACCCCCAGUCCACAGCAGCUGUAGGCAGCACACCAGAAGGAUCUGGGGUGAAGGAUGAGUGGUCUGAGGUGGGAAGGCUGCAGUCCGGCAGUCCGAUAGCACAAGCCGCCCCUGAAACUAAUUGCACUCUGCCUUUCCUGUCCAUAUCUCCAUCAGCUUACAAUGAUAGCUUACCAUCUGAAACUGUACUUCACCCUCAGUUUACUGGUGCUACAUUAGUGAUUAUAGCUGUAUUGAUGACAACUGCAGCAGUUUUGAUAACAUUUGGAAAUGCUUUGGUUUUCCUUGCCUUUCUAGUAGAUGAAAGAAUAAGAACACAGAGUAACAUGUAUCUUCUCAGCUUGGCUCUUUGUGACUUUUCUGUAGGUGUAGUCUCUAUUCCUUUUUAUAUACCAUAUGGGCUAUAUGGAAUUUGGACACUUGGAAAAACACUUUGCAAGUUCUGGAUGGUAAUGGACUACACUGCAUGUGCAGCUUCAGUUUUUAACAUUGUUCUUAUAAGUUAUGAUCGACACCAAUCCGUCACUAAACCAGUUGCACAUAGAGCUCAGCAAGAGAAAAUGUGUAACAGCAUUGCCAAUAUUGCUGCAGUAUGGCUGUUUGCAUUUAUAAUUUAUGGGCCAGCUCUAAUUUUUUGGGACUCUAUCACUGGAUAUUCACAAGUACCUUCUGACCAGUGCUUUGCUGAAUUUACAUAAAGCUGGUACUUUUUAGUUUGCUUUUUAACUUGUAAUUGUUUCAUUCCCUUCUUCAGUGUGAGUUAUUUCAAUCUAAGCAUAUACUGGAAUAUCAGAAAACGAAGUAAAAAUAAGCAAAUUAAAGUAAUUAAUAAGAUGCGACUAAGUUCUAAAAGGAAAAGAGAAAAAACAAUUUUAUCUUUUAUAAAACUAUGUAAGUUUUCAUUAAAGGAAAACCUACCCUGUUCUUAUGGGUCAAAAGAUUCCACUACUAAUACAUGCUCUGAUAGAGCCCUUGCAAUGCAAAACAUGGAUGAAAUCAUUAAUGAUGCCAAUAAUGGGCACAUCUCAUCAACAGUGGAUAAGCAGAAAACACCAUCUCAAAACUCUGCAUUAAGACUGUCAAAGGACAAAAAGAUUGCAAAGUCCCUUGCUCUGCUUAUUAGUAUUUUUGGCAUUUGCCAGGCACCAUAUACACUGUUUGCUAUUAUUAAUUCAAUAAACUGGAAUGACAGUGAACUUUACUGGAGUUGGAUCACAGGCUGGAUUAUGUGGAUAAACUCUCUUGUAAAUCCUCUUUUGUAUCCAUUAUGCCAUAACAGUUUCCGAAGAGCAUUCUCCAAAAUAUUCAACCUUAAAUAA